AUGCGAGUCGCAGACAGAAAUAGUCUUAUCAAAAUAGCUAGACUCGUUAUCGACCGGGCAGAGAAUAUUCUAGGGCCUGGUAUAAAAGGGACGAUGGCUAUACUGAACUGUCUCCUAGCUCGCCAACUGUGCUUUGAAGAUGCAUCUUGCUCCGCCAUCCUGGAAAUAAUACCGCGUGUUUGUGGAUCUGAACUUGUUGCCUGCUCGACCGUAACUGUGACGAAAUGCCAAGCUGCUCUGAGGACCCUGCAAGCCUUCCCGUUCUUCAAGCCGACCUGCCUCUGUCGAGAACCGAACGUCGAUCCCGAAUGCAACUCGUUUCGCGACUUUUUAUUCGACCAUCCCUGCGUGUUCGUGAUGAAGAAGGAGAAAGACCCGUACCCCGUGGAAACCCUGCCGACCUGUACUUACGCACUGAGCGUCUGCCACAACGAAAAACCCUGCUCUGUUCUGUUCGACCGCUUCAAGAACGCAUGCAAGGCCAGGGAUGGAGAGUGUCGCAUGGAGGAUAGAGAGAGUUGCCGUGAAGCCUGGGCUGGAUUACGUCUAUCCCCACUCUUCGGCUGCAUCUGCCCCAACACCCACAUGAAGAAGCGUUGUGACAGGAUCUUCGCUGUCGUCAACCACAACCCAUGCGUUGCGGCGGCUGGGGGUGAAUGUCCACCGGCGGUGAGAGCGCUGUUUGAGCCGAGGAAGCCAGCGGCGAGAGCGCCACCACUCACGCGGUAUGCAGCUCCAGACGGUACCAUCCUGCUCCUCACCGAGAACGGCACCAGGCUGAUGACACGUGCCGCUGCCGCAAGCCUGCUUCGCGCUGCCCUCCUCUCCCCGCGCCCCCCUCGGCCCCGUCACGGUAAUCCGCCGCCGCACCUCUCUCUAUGUGUCUCUCGGAUUCCGUCGCCUCUUGCACUGCACGCUUGGCUAUGCUUCGUAAGGUAG